CGACGCGAGAAGCGUAUCAAGAUCGAUGUAGCAAGGGAAAAUCUGCGCAACCUGAACGCUGAAUUGAGCGCCCAGAUCGAAUGCCGCAAGCAGACUGAGGCUGUACAUCCUGGCUCAACACCACGCAUUGAGAGCGUGUGGACGAAGUCCGAAUNNGGUAUAAUUGCUACAUCUGAUGACUUUAUUGGAGUCAUCUCAAAAGACGAGGAUCAAGCUGAUGAGAGACCUGCUGGAAACGAAGUGCACCGCGACCUUCUCUGCUUCUUCGCACCCUACUACCGCGCCCUCUUGGGAGGACGGUUCAAGGAGGCUGCUCACAACACCGUGGUUCUAGACAUGGACCCGGACUGCUGCAAGUUGUUUGUUCAAUGGUUGUACACUGGUUUCUUACCACUAGACAAUCCUUGGAGUCUCUGUCAGCUCUACAUUCUGGCCGAUCAAACCAUGAACUUGACCCUGCGCAGAACAAUCAUGACACAGAUCGUCGAAUCUAGAUUCCACCCCUCAAUCAAGGAUCCCAACACAGCAAUUUUGUUAAACUCGUUGCCGAGCAACUCGUCUCUUACUCGUUAUCUACUUGACAGGAUGGUCCAUCAUCCCCAAUGCAGAAUUCCUCUUUCCACGGCUCUUGAGUACGUCGAUGCCCUCUCCGAAGGUGUACCUGUCGAAUUCGCUCGCGAACUCAAGUGGAGACUUGCGCCACACCGUAAUGUGCCUCAUUGUUGUCCUUGCUGUGCUAAAGCCUGCAAUUAUCAUGAACACCGCAACACCGAGGAGCGCUUU